AAAUCACUUGGCGCCACAUUUGUAACUGUCAUCAUGGCGGAUGAAUCUGAGAGAUUAUGUCUUUUGGUGCGUACUAUUAUCGGAAACUCGAUGAGGUUGAGUCCGAUGUAAAGAAAUUUGCACCUGCCACAGCUUUUUGCAAGGAUACGGCUGUGACUCCACAGCAUUAUGAACGUGUAGUGACCAUGACAUUUUACCCCAUCAAACAUCACAUUCAGACUUGUGCACAUUUUGUUUUACUUUGCACCCAUCCCAAGCCUAUAUAUACUGGACUGCAAUUUUGAACCGGGUUCGCCAUCUUGUCCGCGCGUUGCCGGCUGUUGCGUUCCUACGUGGUGUUACUCAUUGCUUCACCACUCUCUCCCAUUGUCCUCAAGCUAUAUUCACAUAGCUAUUGUACAUAGCUAUUUUCUCAAGACAUUCUUUAUAUCCCGCCGUCUUCUGUCUCACCGGGCUACGGUUUUCUUGUGUAGCAUUCGUCGAGCCGCUACAUAAUUGGUGACCCCAGUCGCAUUCCGGUGAGUUCGUUCCAUUUUUUUGGUUUUUUCCACGCAAAUCAUGGCCUCAGUUUCUAAAAAGUGUGAGGACUCACAGUCUGUGCAAGCGGUAUCUCUGGUAGUUCCACCAUUUAUUGAAAAAGAUCCCGUUUUAUGGUUCAUGAUUUUAGAAGCUGAGUUUACUUCUAAGCAUGUCACUAGCGAUUCUGCAAAGUUUAACCACUUGCUCACACGCCUGCCGACUGAUAUUACUAUAGCGCUACGCGAUCUUAUUAUUACAUCUUGUCCUCCUGACCGCUAUAAUUCUCUCAAGAACGCGGUAAUAAAGCGUGUUACUCCCUCAUUGAAGUCCCGCCUGCAUAAACUUUUUACUGGUCUACAGCUAGGUUCUAGUAAGCCAUCCGCGCUAUUGCUGGAGAUGCGUGGUCUUCUUCAAGGACUGCAUAUGGACGAGUCGCUGCUUCGAGAGUUAUGGCUUCAGCGUUUGCCUGAAAACGUACAAGCUAUGCUAUCGCUUGCGAAAUCGCAGCCUUUGUCAGAAGUUGCAGAUAUUGCUGAUGAUAUGAUGGAUCGCUUCACCGGACCACCGUGUCCGUCGUCUAGUUCUCUUCGCUCACCUGACGUAGAUUUCACUGUUGACCCUUCGGUCCAGACCAUCGACACCACUACUCCACCUUCCACUGGUGAGCUCUUAACAGAGAUAGCCGCGCUACGGCAAGAAGUUCAAAGCUUAAAGUUACAUCGGCACCAACGGGAUUCUCCAUCCCGUUCUCCUAGCCCAUCUCGAAGCCGAACACGACUCCCAAUUUGCCGUUAUCACGCACGUUUUGGAAGUUCCGCUAGAAAUUGUAUAAAACCAUGCUCAUUUCCCGUAAGGAGAAAAAGGACAGGCCGACACGUAUUGGCGACGAACGCCGUCGGCCGAAGUCGUCCAAGUCGCCUCUUCAAUAUCGUUGAUAGGAACACCGGGAUCAUGUUCCUGGUUGAUACCGGGGCGGAAGUUAGCGUGAUCCCACCGGUUCCAGGCGACGCGACUAAGCCACAGACAACUAACUUGCGUGCCGCUAACGGCACUGCGAUUCGAGUCUUCGGUCAACGCUCCCUUACCAUUGACCUCGGACUACGACGUCCCUUUCGAUGGAUUUUCACCAUCGCUGCCGUUCCGUUUGCUAUAUUGGGUAUCGACUUCCUCCAACACUUCGAUCUUCUCGUCGAUGCGCGUCAUCGCAAACUCGUUGACCAAAAGACCCAGCUUUUCACAUGUGGAGUUCGCACACCUUGUGUUUCUGUCACUCCCAUUUACAUUCAGCCUGAAGCUGAUAAGGAAUUUUUAGAUCUGUUCAGACAGUUUCCGCAGCUCGUCCGCUCAGCUGACGCUACUCUUCCGGUCGCAUCUAGCGUUACGCACCAUAUACGAACCCGUGGCCCACCGGUUUCUGCACGGCCACGACGUCUCGCCCCUGAUAAGCUAAAAGCCGCUAAGGCCGAAUUCGAGCACAUGCUCGAACUUGGUAUCAUCCGUCCUUCCGAAAGUCAGUGGGCCUCACCUCUCCACAUGGUGCCCAAGAAAGGCGGCGACUGGCGGCCCUGCGGAGACUACAGGGCGCUGAACAAGUGCACAGUUGCAGAUAGGUACCCUAUACCGCACAUCCAGGACCUUACAAGUAGUCUCGGUGGUAAGUCAGUGUUUAGUAAGAUAGACCUGACGCGAGCAUAUCACCAGAUUCCUGUAGAGGACUGCGAUAUCCCCAAAACGGCAGUUAUAACACCCUUUGGUUUAUUCGAGUUCCUUCGAAUGCCUUUCGGGUUAAGGAACGCUGCUCAAACAUUCCAGCGGUUCAUCCAUGAUGUUACUCGUGGUCUGGACUUCGCAUAUCCUUACGUGGAUGACAUCCUGGUAGCCAGCGCCUCUAAGUCGCAACACUUAGAGCAUCUGCGUAUUCUAUUCCAACGCCUAUCUGAUCGAGGCGUUACCUUGAACCCUAGCAAGUGCGAACUAGGAAAAUCGUCGAUCGAGUUCCUAGGUCACCGCAUCUCAGCUACAGGUAUUGAACCACUGCCUCAAAAGGUAACCGCCAUCAAAGAUUUCCCUGAACCUACAUCGUUUAAACAGCUUAAACGUUUCCUUGGGAUAGUUAACUACUAUAGACGCUUUAUUCCGUGUUGUGCUAGGAUAAUGCAGCCCUUGACUGACUUGCUUCGGGGCAAUCAACGUUCGUUUGUUUUUACCAAGUCCGCGCGAUUAGCCUUCUCAAACCUUAAAGACGCAAUCGCUAAUGCUGCUCUCUUAGCACAUCCCGUACCAUCUGCUCCGAUUUCGCUCGUCACUGAUGCCUCAGACGAGGCCGUUGGUGCUGUUCUUCAGCAGGCUGUCGACAAUACCUGGCAACCUUUGGGUUUCUUUUCGAAACGGUUGCAGCCAGCGGAGACACGUUACAGCACCUUCGGGAAAGAACUUCUGGCAGUUUACCUCGCCAUCCGUCAUUUUCGUCCUUUUCUAGAGGGCAGAAGCUUUACCGUCUUUACUGACCACAAACCUUUAGUUUACGCCCUCGACUCGUCAUCCGACCGAUACUCUCCGAGAGAGAUACGCCACCUGGACUAUGUCUCACAGUUUACGUCAGACAUACAGCACGUCUCGGGUGUGCAGAACUCCGUCGCUGAUGCUCUUUCUCGCGUCAGCUCCAUCACGUCCGCUGAAGGUAUCGAUCUAACGGCAAUGGCUGCUGCUCAACAGACCGACCCAGAGCUGGAUCAGCUUCGUAAUUCUAGCUCCUUGCGCAUACGACCAGUUCCACUGCCUACUUCGGAUGGAACCAUACUUUGUGACGUUUCGCAAAAUUCACCACGACCAGUGGUUCCCCAAGCUUUCCGACGCACUGUGUUCGACAUUCUUCACAGUUUAUCACAUCCAGGCAUUCGUGCCACAGUUAAGCUCGUCACACAACGCUUCGUGUGGCGCAACGUCAACCGGGACGUUAGACAGUGGGCUCGUACGUGCCUUAGUUGCCAACAGUCUAAAGUUCAUCGACACACGAAAAGUCCGCUUGGUUCAUUUCCACUUCCUGAUGCCCGUUUCCACCAUAUCCAUGUUGACCUUGUUGGGCCACUGCCCCCAUCUAAUGGAUGUGCUUACUUGCUGACUUGUAUAGACCGCUUUACAAGAUGGCCUGAUGCCAUCCCAAUGCCAGAUUGCUCAUCAGACACUGUCGCUCGCGCUUUUCUAGAGCGCUGGGUCUCACACUUUGGUUGUCCUGCCAUUGUGACAACUGAUCGAGGUGCGCACUUCGCAGGCACAUUUGCUCACCUUCUUCAGACCCUCGGCUGCCGUCACGUUCAAACGACUGCAUUCCACCCUGCCGCCAACGGCAUGGUUGAGCGUUUUCACCGCCAGCUGAAAGCUGCACUAUGUGCACAUGAUAACGCAGACUGGUACGAAGCGCUUCCCACCGUCUUACUUGGCUUACGAAAUACUGUCAAAGCCGACAUUAACGCUGCUCCGGCCGAACUCGUUUAUGGCUGCUCAUUGCGUCUUCCCGGACAAUUAGUCGCCCCAACUCCGGAGAGGGCAUGGAACUACAAGAGCUACAUAGCUCGUCUGACGCACCACAUGCGUCAGCUGCAUCCCGCGAGACCCAGGGAACAACGCACUCCAGUGCACGUUCCGAAAGACCUUUCUACAUGUUCUCACGUAUUCUUACGUGUCGACCAAGUGAGACAGCCUCUCUCCGCACCUUACACAGGUCCAUACCGUGUUAUUAAACGGUCUUCAAAACUUUGGUGAUUGACCGUGGGGGUAAAAGGGAUACUGUCUCGAUAGAUCGCGUCAAGCCUGCGUUCAUCGAUGAACAACAGUUGGUUCCAUCAUCGACCUUAACGCAAUCUACAGAGCCACCUGUAACGACGCCCAGCUUUUCAGCUCCACCACAAUCCCAGUCACCAGAUUCGCCUCAAACUAAUACCAGUCACGGUAGAAGGGUUCGUAAACCUGUUCGUUUCUCCGAUUUUGUCGAACUCAUCCAUACCUCAUGAAUCUUUUUCAUUUUCUCUCAUCGUUUAUAUUAUGCUUUUCCGUUAGCAGAGUACAUAUCGCAAUCUGUCCCCGAGUUUUUUCCCCAUCUAUCAGAUAAAGUCAUGAGGCUGGCACGUUUGGGUCCGUCCGUUCAAUGGUUGGCUGUUUUUCAAUUGUUUUGGUCGUUUGGAUGCUUUGGUCUACCCCCAACGCUGUCAUCUCGCCCGCCCACGUUGGCCUUUGGAUCGUGGUCUGCUUGGCUCAAUUUGGCUCGCCUUGGUCGUUUGUCUGGCUCGCCUUCCUGGCUUUGGCUGCUCGUGUGCCUGGCUCGUUGUUUUUGGUCCCCCCACGGCUCGCCAAUACGAACAGGAUUUCAGCUUCGUUGUGGCAGUGGAUUGGAAUGCGGUGGGGGGAGUGACCUCUCCCAAGCGCACCGUCUUUCAGCAGCGGUGAAAGGUCCUACCGGCCCUUUUUCUGGAUUAUCCAGUAUUUUUGUAGUCCGGUGUGCCCGCUGGGACGGCCCACCGAUGAUGCAUUCCAAUCCACAAGAAGAUUAAAUAAUCCAAAUACAACCGAACUCCUGUGAUUCUGCCUUUAUACAUUUGCAAGCCAACAGCGAUCGAAGUCCUCGUCCCUCGGCCUUCUAGGGGGAGGCCUGUGUAGUGACCAUGACAUUUUACCCCAUCAAACAUCACAUUCAGACUUGUGCACAUUUUGUUUUACUUUGCACCCAUCCCAAGCCUAUAUAUACUGGACUGCAAUUUUGAACCGGGUUCGCCAUCUUGUCCGCGCGUUGCCGGCUGUUGCGUUCCUACGUGGUGUUACUCAUUGCUUCACCACUCUCUCCCAUUGUCCUCAAGCUAUAUUCACAUAGCUAUUGUACAUAGCUAUUUUCUCAAGACAUUCUUUAUAUCC